ACAGCCGACGCCUCCCGAGGGUGUGUGUGUGGACAAAGUGUUAGGGAUGCUGCUCUUUCAGAGCGCGGCUACCGCGGACGGUCAGGGAGCAGACCGCUGGCUUACCGGGAACACUAACCAACGCUGAGGCGGGGGAAGCUCCACGCACGGCGGCAGCUGAGCGGAGGAUUUACCUGACGCUCCUCACGGUGCAUUUACGGACCUUUUUCUUAUCCACCUCGGGGAAUUAGACCAAGUGUUGUGGGACUGGAGGAAUUCCAAGACUCUUCGCUAACUGUCUGUAAUCUCGGGACCCCCGUGCAUUCAUUUCUUCAACAUCUUCUCCGAAAUGCAAACGUCUAGGAAACCCUAGAAUAUGGAGGGCACGAGGACAAAGAACUAAAGCUGGCCGAGGCGUCUCAGUAUCAGCUGUAUCAGUGAUGUCAGGCAAACAAACAAUCCUCUCAUUCAAAGUUGUUCCAAACUCCACAGUUUAUGCAGCACGGUGAGGAGUGUCACUACCCCCAACUUCAGUGCAUCUCCUAAAGGUGUCCAUCUAUGAACCUGUGAGGUCAUAGCCAUCUAACAGCAGCAUCAGCACCAGAGGAGAGUUUACCAGCAGUGGGACCAUGGACCUUAGAUUUAGACGUCUGUCGCCUCUCACCAGGGCAGCUCUUCAUCUCCUGCUGCUGGCCAGACUGGUGCUUCCUUCUCACACAGAGAGCACGCCCAGCUUCAUCAAGUCCCCCGAGGAUCAAACGGGGAUUUCGGGAGGAGUGGCGUCGUUCGUAUGCCAGGCGGUCGGUGAGCCCAAGCCUCGCAUUACCUGGAUGAAAAAGGGAAAGAAAGUCAGCUCCCAGCGCUUUGAGGUGAUUGAGUUUGACGACGGCUCAGGCUCAGUGCUGCGUAUCCAGCCGCUGAGGACCCACCGCGAUGAGGCCAUCUAUGAAUGCACCGCCACCAACAGCGUGGGAGAGAUCAACACCAGCGCCAAGCUCACUGUCUUAGAAGAGGACCAGAUACCACACGGCUUCCCCACCAUAGACAUGGGCCCCCAGCUGAAGGUUGUGGAAAGAACGCGUACGGCUACAAUGCUGUGUGCAGCCAGCGGAAACCCCGAUCCAGAGAUCUACUGGUUCAAAGAUUUCCUGCCUGUGGAUAUUAGUAGCAGCAAUGGGCGCAUUAAGCAGCUGCGAUCAGGUGGUACACCAAUAAGAGGAGCGCUUCAGAUUGAAAACAGCGAGGAGUCGGACCAGGGCAAAUAUGAGUGUGUGGCUGUCAACAGCGCCGGGACUCGUUAUUCGGCUCCAGCUAACCUUUAUGUUCGAGAUCAACGGGAAGUUCGCCGUGUGCCGCCCCGUUUCUCCAUCCCCCCCACCAAUCAUGAGGUGAUGCCCGGAGGCAGCGUCAACCUGACCUGCGUCGCAGUCGGCGCUCCCAUGCCUUACGUCAAGUGGAUAAGUGGUGAAGUGGAGCUGACCCGGGAGGAUGAGAUGCCCAUUGGCCGCAAUGUUCUGGAGCUCACCAACAUCCGCCAAUCUGCCAAUUACACCUGUGUGGCCAUAUCCUCCCUGGGCAUGAUCGAGACUACAGCUCAGAUCACAGUCAAGGCUCUUCCCAAGAUGCCCACUUCCCUCACUGUGACAGAAACCACGGCUACCAGCGUCACCCUGACUUGGGACUCCGGCAACCCAGAACCUGUGUCCUACUAUGUUAUUCAGUAUCGUGCCAAAUUGUCUGAGAACGGUUUCCAGGAAGUAGAUGGUGUCGCCACAACCCGCUACAGCAUUGGUGGCCUCAGCCCCUUCUCUGAAUACGAGUUUCGUGUCAUGGCUGUGAACAACGUUGGCCGGGGUCCUCCCAGCAGCAUCGUGGACACCCGUACAAGUGAGCAAGCACCCUCAUCACCACCUCUUCAUGUCCAGGCACGCAUGCUGAGCUCCAGCACCAUGCUGGUCCAGUGGGAGCCUCCCGAAGAGCCCAAUGGCCAAAUCCGGGGCUAUCGGGUCUACUACAGCUCAGAUCACGAUGCCCCGCUCAGCGCCUGGCAGAAGCACAACACAGAUGACAGCCAUUUCACCACCAUCUCAGGCCUGGCAACAGAUAUCACCUACAGCCUGAGGGUGCUGGGCUUCACCUCAGUGGGAGAUGGGCCUCCGUCUGACACUCUACAGAUCAAAACCAGGCAGGGAGUUCCAGCUCAGCCGUCUGACUUUGAUGGUGAGGCUGAGCUAGACUCACGCAUCAUGCUGUCAUGGCUUUGGCCUGUCCAGGAACCCAUCAUUAGCUUUGAACUGGUGUACUGGGAAGCCAACAAUCCCACAGACAAGCACCGCGUCACUUUCGAUGCAGCAGGCUCCUAUGCAGUCGAUGGUCUGAAGCCAGACACGCUGUACGUCUUCUCCCUGGCAGCCCGAUCUGAGAUGGGCUUAGGCGUCUUCACUCAGCCUAUUGAAUGCAGGACAGCUCAGUCCACCCCAUCAGCCCCACCCCAGGAAGUACAUUUGCUCAGCCUCAGUUCCACCAGCGUCGAGGUGAGGUGGGUGGCCCCGCCCACAGACAGCCAGCACGGUGAGAUUGUUGGCUACUCCCUGGCCUACCAAGCACUCACGGGAGAGGACCAGAAACGCCACCAGGUGUCAGGGAUUGGUCCUGAUAUCACCAGCUACAUUUUGGAGGACCUGGAGAAGUGGACGGAGUAUUUGGUGUGGGUGAGGGCUCACACAGAUGUUGGGCCAGGUCCAGAGAGCUCUGCAGCUAAAGUCAGAACCAAGGAAGAUGUGCCUGGAGCUCCUCCCAGGAAGGUGGAGGUAGAGGCCCUGAACUCUACUGCCCUCAGGGUGAGCUGGAAGCCCCCGCUGUCCGUGAAGCAGCAUGGGCAGAUCAGAGGAUACCAGCUGGUUUACUCCAGGCUAGAGAACGGGGAGCCCCACGGCCAGCCGGUCAUCCUGGAUGUUAACCUCCCUGAAGCCCAGGAGGCCUUUAUAGCAGGUCUGCUCCCAGAAACAACCUAUUCUGUGACUGUGGCUGCAUAUACUACCAAGGGUGACGGAGCUCGCAGCAAGGCCAAGGUGGCCACCACCACAGGAGCAGUUCCUGGAAAGCCCACUAUGAUGAUCAGCACCACCAUCGGGAACACCGCUCUAAUCCAGUGGCAGCCCCCUAAAGAAAUGGUUGGGGAGCACAUGGGAUACCAGCUGCAGUACAAGAGAGCAGAGGAGGAAGCUUUCACCAUUAAACACUUCAAGAAGACAGAUGAUCAUUUCACAGUCACCGGCCUCCACAAGGGUGCCGUGUACAUCUUCAAACUGUGUGCCAAAAACAGAGCAGGGAACGGGGAGGAGUAUGUAAAAGAGAUCAGCACCCCUGAGGACAUUCCCAGCAGCUACCCGCAAAACCUGAGCGUGGUCGGCCUUACUGCAACUUCCACCAAACUGGCCUGGGACCCGCCUCCUCUGGCUGAAAGAAAUGGGAAGAUUGUGAAGUAUGUGGUGAUGUACCGAGACAUUAACAGCCCGAACAACAGCACCAACGUUACCACAGAUACACAGAUGACCGUCUACGGUUUGCAGCCUGACACAACCUAUGACAUAAGAGUCCAAGCUUUCACCAGCAAGGGCGGAGGACCUAUCAGCCCCAGCAUCCAGAGCAGGACCAUGUCCACCUCCAUGCCAGAUCUUCCCUCAGUGUUUACCAAGAACUUUGGUGUGAAGGCUGUGACAAAGACCUCGGUCCUGCUGACCUGGGAAGUGCCAGAAACAUACAAAUCUCAAGUGCCUGUCAAGAUUCUGUACAACCAGCAGAGUGUGGAGGUUCAAGGCAACCUGAAAAGGAAGCUGAUCACACAGCUGCAGCCAGACACUGAUUAUUCGUUUGUGCUAAUGAGCCGAGGGAAUAGUGCUGGCGGCCUCCAGCAGCAGGUCUCCAUCCGAACGGCUCCGGACCUUCUGACGGUGAAACCAGCUCAACACCAUAUAGAUGUGGAGGAAGGUGGUAAAGUGACUAUCAGCCUGCCGAAGGUCCCGGACGCAGCGGCUGUCAGGUGGUACUACAUAGUGGUUGUCCCUGUCACUCCAGUUUCUCUGAGGAGAUGGGAAAACCCUGAAGACAUGGACAUACAAGAGCUUCUGGAGUCCGGUGCUGACAGCAGCCUGCAGAGAAGGAAAAGGCAGAGCAAUGACUUCCUGCAGCCCUACAUCGCUGCCAAGCUGGAUACGCUCCCUGAGAUCUUCACUCUGGGUGACGAAAAGAAAUACAGCGGCUUCUACAACAAACCGCUCCCUGGACAGCAGCAGUACCGCUGCUUCGUUUUGGCUGACCUGACGGACCACGAGUCUCAGAGGACAUUUGCAGCCAGCCCUUUCUCUGAUCCCUUCACGGUGAAGAUCAGUGGGGUUAUUCGACAACCACAAGAAGACCCAGAGAUGCUGUGGGUGAUGGGUCCGGUGCUGGCAGUCAUUCUGAUUAUCAUUAUAGUCAUCGCUAUUUUACUCUUCAAAAGCAAACAAGAAAGGAAACGAACGUCUCCAGCCAAGGAUGAGCACAUGGCAGGAGUGAAGGACUCGCUGCUGGCCCACUCGUCAGAUCCUGUGGAGAUGAGGAGACUCAACUAUCAGACACAAGGUUCCAGUGUCCUCAGUUGCCCGAAUACUCCAAGGAUGAGGGAACAUCCUCCCAUCGCUGUUUGUGACCUGGCCGACCACAUUGAGAGACUCAAGGCCAACGAUGGUCUGCACUUCUCUCAGGAGUACGAGUCUAUUGAUCCAGGACAGCAGUUCACCUGGGAGCACUCCAACCUGGAGGUCAACAAGCCAAAGAACCGUUAUGCAAAUGUUAUUGCUUACGACCACUCCAGGGUCAUCCUCACACCCGUGGACGGAGUUCCAGGUAGUGACUAUAUAAAUGCCAACUACAUUGACGGGUACAGGAAACAGAACGCUUACAUCGCUACCCAGGGUCCGCUGCCAGAGACGCUAAGUGACUUCUGGAGGAUGGUAUGGGAGCAGAGGACGUGCACCAUCGUUAUGAUGACUCGCCUGGAGGAGAAGUCACGGGUGAAAUGUGACCAGUAUUGGCCCAGUCGAGGCACGGAGACGUACGGGAUGAUUCAAGUGACCAUGUUGGACACGCUGGAGCUGGCUACGUACAGUGUGAGAACGUUUGCCCUCUAUAAGAAUGGCUCCAGUGAAAAAAGAGAAGUUCGACAGUUCCAGUUUCUGGCUUGGCCGGACCAUGGAGUCCCUGAGUAUCCGACCCCAACACUGGCCUUUCUACGCAGAAUCAAGUCCUGCAAUCCUCAAGAUGCCGGACCCAUGGUGGUUCACUGCAGUGCCGGUGUGGGCCGGACGGGCUGCUUUAUUGUGAUUGACGCCAUGUUGGAGAGGAUGAAACACGAGAAGUCGGUGGACAUAUACGGUCAUGUGACGUGCAUGCGAGCUCAAAGGAACUACAUGGUGCAGACAGAGGAUCAGUACAUAUUCGUCCAUGAGGCCCUGCUGGAAGCUGCAGUCUGUGGCAACACAGAAGUCCCUGCCCGCAACCUGUACGCCCACAUCCAGAAGCUCACCCAGGUGGCCGCUGGAGAGGCGGUGACAGCUAUGGAACUGGAGUUUAAGAAACUGGCCAACUCUAAAGCACAUACCUCAAGAUUCAUCAGUGCCAACCUGCCGUGCAACAAAUUCAAGAACCGCCUGGUGAACAUCAUGCCUUUCGAGUCUACUCGCGUCUGCCUGCAGCCGAUCAGAGGGGUGGAGGGCUCUGACUACAUCAAUGCCAGCUUCAUCGACGGGUACAGGCAGCAGAAAGCCUACAUGGCCACCCAGGGCCCGUUAGCCGAGACCACAGAGGACUUCUGGAGAAUGCUGUGGGAGCACAACUCCACCAUCGUAGUGAUGCUCACUAAACUCCGAGAGAUGGGACGGGAAAAGUGCCAUCAGUACUGGCCUGCUGAGCGCUCUGCACGUUACCAGUACUUUGUUGUGGACCCGAUGGCCGAGUACAACAUGCCUCAGUACAUCCUCCGAGAGUUCAAAGUCACUGAUGCCCGGGAUGGUCAAUCGAGGACCAUCAGGCAGUUUCAGUUCACGGAUUGGCCAGAGCAAGGAGUGCCAAAAACCGGGGAGGGAUUCAUUGACUUCAUUGGCCAAGUGCAUAAAACUAAAGAGCAAUUCGGACAAGAUGGACCCAUCACUGUUCACUGCAGUGCUGGUGUUGGGAGGACUGGUGUGUUUAUUACUCUGAGCAUCGUUCUGGAAAGGAUGAGGUAUGAAGGAGUGGUCGACCUCUUCCAGACCGUCAAGACUCUCCGAACUCAGAGACCGGCUAUGGUGCAGACAGAGGAUCAGUACCAGCUGUGCUACCGGGCUGCUCUGGAGUACCUGGGAAGCUUUGAUCACUAUGCAACAUAACCCUGCCCAGAAAGAAGCCCUCAGAGGAGAUCUGUGUCUCUUCUGAGCCACAUCCACUCUGCUCCAUUGGCCCCUGCAGGCUGAUGAGGAGGCUCUGAAGAGGACUGAUGAGGAGAUGACCACAGCAGGAAUCAGGAGAGAUUAAUGGAAAGAGGAGAGGCGAUGUGAUGACCUCCCCCUCCUGGACUGGUGCCAUGAUUCUGCCACAGACCCCACACAAAAACCUCCCAAAAAACAACCCUGAAAGACUCGUACUGUACUCAUGCCUCAUUCUGAUCCCUGCGACUCCCCAAUUUCUGCCUCCUCAAAAUAGCAAAAACUAUUUUUCUGCUACUUUCAUUUAUAUCCAUCAUGACUAUGUUGUUAGCCAUUAUUAGAGUUUAUUUUGUGAUCACUUACAUUGGUUACUAUAUGUCUUAAUGGGUCUUUUCUUAAUUUGCUUCUCUUAUUUUUCUUAAUUUUUAAUAGAGGACAUGUAUUUUCAACAUGAUCCAAGUCAUUAAUACUGGACGCCGUAUAUUCACAGCUGCUAAUGAUUUUUUUAUUUUAUACCACAGAUAUGAUAUUCUAAUGUUUAUCGUUAUUCGGUUGGUCUUAUUUAGAGGGAAACUUGGAGAAUGAUGAUCUCUACUAGACAGAUCAACUGAGCAAAUAAGGUUUGUGACCUGCAGUAUGAAAUACAUCACAGCUAUAAAUGUGCAAAGACUCAUCACAUCUGAAGAACUGCAAGCAUGUACAGCGUUUUUUGUCAUUAAAUAAUGUUCUCAGAGUCUUCAGAGAUCUGGAGGCUUUCAGCAAAAGAAUAAUGAAGCAGUUGGAAAAGUUGUGGACUCAGGUAGACUAACACAGAUGGCCUGUUCAUGAGUGUUUUUGUGAAAUAAGUGUGACGUCAAAUGCAGAGCUCGUGCUCCACACGUAAAAAAUGAAAUUCUGACACCUGGAGAGAAAAAAAGAAUAAAACCCCAACAUCAGAAGAUCCUCUGUGAGCAACAUUAGUAACAGUGAGGACAAAAAACUACCUUUUAACAGGAAGAGACCUCUCACAGAGCCAGGCUCAGAAAGGAGCAGCCAUACACAACUGUCCAUUGGAGGAAUGAGGGGAAAUAGAAGCGAAAAAAGGGAUCGUGAAAAUGAACAACAGACAAUAUUCUGGGAUGAAUUUUAAUCAGAUUGGUUUUGUUGCUUCUCCUUGAAGGAUUAACUUCACUCUUUAUUUCUGUUAUUGUCAGCAAAUGCCAUAAAAACCCAACAGCACAAGUUACACACUGCAGUGUAGGGAAACACAGUCAGGACCUCUGGUAGACUUUCUUUGCUUAGCUGUGAUCAGCUCAAAUGUGCUGCUGCUGCGACGCCAGUACUCGCUGCUCUUUGUGGAUUUACACAACUGAAUUCAAAACGAUAUCAGGUGAUGUUACAUGAACCCAGAUACUACAAAGCUGGCAUAAAGGUGAAAUUCAGUGAGUGAAUCACCUUAAAUUUCAUUUGAUUUCUGCUAUCUCUGAUAUAAACCAGCACAGACUGUGGCCACUGCAGCUUCUCUGCACAGUCAACAUCAUGCAUUACUGUGAACAUCACCACAAUGCUGCAAACUAACCUGUUUCACCUUGCACUAAACUGCCUGGUAUUUUUAUGCAAUGUUCAAAUAACACAAAGUUAGUAGACUUCAAUUUGCUUUAAAGGAUGUUUUAAAUUUAGGGAGAAAAAAUGUCACAUAAGCAUUGAUCUGAUAUCUGGAAAUUUUAAAAUGGCUUAAAAAAUGACAUGUAAGCAGUGGUGAUGGCGCCAUGUUGCUCAAAAGACAACAGGAAGAGUGUUUCUGCACAGCAACAGAAAUCAGCAUAGUUAAAAAUUACUAUUAACAAGAGAUUUGUGUUUGAGACUUAUUGGAGUUUGUUUUGACAUUUAAGUUGAAGUUUAGGCUAAAAUAGACUUUUAUAAUAAUCAGUACACGUUACCAAGUUCAGCUUUCUAGCCUGCUACUUUUUCACAUGACCACAAGAAACUAGAACGCACUCUCUGGCCUGAUGUGGCUCUGUGGGAUUGUUGAAGAGGCAAACUUAAAAUGCCAAGAGCCUUACAGAGGCUCAACUGAGGGGCAAGCAGCGUGAUACGUCUGGGGCUACAAAUGUGCCACAUGUUUUAUGACUGGCAGAUCCUGUGUGGACCAGACAUGGAUAAAAGUCAUGAGAUGGGCUUAACAUUAAAACGAGUGUUGUGUGGGCCAGAUAUGACCCAAAUGUCCAACAACAGCUGGCAUCUUGUCCAAAUAAGGUGGACCUGUGGCUGAAUUUAGGGAGGCAGACUCAGCCUGAGUCGGGUACAUCACCCAAGCCUAAAUGCAGCUCAUAGAAAAUUUCCUGUGGGCCAAACAUUUAUUGGUGUCUGGAUAUGAGAUAAAUAAGGAUUUUUUUUUAUUGUAAAUCAUUUAAUGCUCCUGUAUUGGACUACAAACUUUUCAAAAACUGCAACAACAACAACAGGGAAAUGCUUCUAGAAAUAAGCUAAAUAGGCCCUCCGUUAACAUUAGGGGUUACUAAUGUGAAAAAGCUCUGCUGUGACAUGCAGCCUGGUUUCUGACGCUCAUACUCAUUUCACAAAGAUUCUCCACAUUGUGUUUGUACAAAAACAGCCCAGUUGUUGUAAAGCACACUGAAUAUGGACUCAACAUCCUACAGUACAAGACAGUCAUAUCUCACAUAUUCACUCAUCUUUGCAUCUGCAUACAUGAUUUUACAUUGACAGGAUGCAUUUAAACGGGAUCGCCACCACAGAUAACUCACCUCUUUUAUCACUGUGUAGCAGGCUCAGAGAACAACAUCAUUGUUCAUUGAUGCAUCUCUGCGUUUUUCAUUGAAAGAUACAGUGAGGUGGCUUUUGAAUGAUGCAGCCCACUUAAAGGAUUCAUUUCUCAUAGUUGUGCUGUAGGGGUCCUAACUGUUGUAUAAACGAUCUGUUUUCUAUUCAAAGCAGAGAAAAAAUGUCUUCAAAAUCUUGAUGUUAAUAAAGUUGAAAUGUUGGGUUUUUCAUAUAAAA